AUGACCAACCGGAAACGUCGUUUCCACACCUAUGUGUGCAACCGGGUCAGCAUGAUACAUAGAACUUCAAAACCUGACCAGUGGAUGUAUGUUCCAACUGAGAAAAACCCAGCUGACCAAGCAACUAGAUCUAUCCCAGCUACUGAGUUAAAUGAUUCAUUGUGGAUGUCUGGGCCAGAAUUCCUGAAACAAAGAUAUCUGUCAACUGACCAGAACCAUAUAGAAAGAAAUGUAGAGCUCCUACCUAAUGAUCCAGAGGUGCGUCCAAGUACCAUCGCCUGUAACAAGGUUGUCUUGAACCAGACAUGCAUUGGAGUUGAAAGAUUCAGCCGAUUUUCCAGCUGGGAAUCAGCAGUUCGAGCUGUUACAAAUCUUUAA